AUGUCCGAACAACUAGCCGACGAGCUCGAAGCCAUCAACUCCAUCUACGGCGACGGCACCCUCUCCCCAUCCGACGACUCACCCGCCACUUACAUCCUGACUCUCCCCGGCGACAUCACCUCAUCCACCCUGCGUCUUCAGUUCCCCCCAGCCUACCCCGAUGAACCACCCGUCGUUCUCGGCACCCACUCCUCCGGCGAGCACGCUAAGCGCGGCGCCGCUGCUCGAGACCUGGCUCUGUUCCGCGACGCAGUCGGCGAGGUGUACGAGCCGGGCCAAGUCUGUCUGUUUGAUGCCAUUGAGCAAGUGAAGGAACUCAUAGCCGCAGUCACCACGGCGGAGAAGGAGGAUGAGGAGGAGGAGGACGUGGAGGAAGGAAACGGAAAGAGGGUAUCCUCAUAUGAGGCAACAGCAGCAACUCAUGAUACACAGACAGGAGGAGGAGGAGGAGAUCUCCUUGGCCCCGAACCUCCCUGGACGCUCUCCCUCCCCAUGAUCGAACUCAAAUCGACCUUCAUCGCCCGCUGCGCGCCAGUCGCCUCUCCGCAACAGGCGGCGCAGUACCUGCAACACCUGCUGGCGUCGGACAAGCGUGUGCGGGCGGCUACGCACAACAUUACGGCGUGGCGGAUCCGCGGGCCAAACGGCACUUCGUUCCAGGACUGCGACGACGACGGGGAGACGGCGGCGGGCGGCAGGCUGCUACAUUUGAUGCAGCUGAUGGACCUGUGGGACACCAUGGUCGUGGUGACGCGGUGGUAUGGAGGCCAGAAGCUAGGGCCGAGGAGGUUUGCGCUGAUUAACGGCGCGGCGAGGGAUGCGUUUGUUAGGGCGGGGUUGGUGGAUGAGGAGAACAAGCAGGAAGGGAAGAAGAAGAAGGGUGGGAAAUGA